GACGCAGGUGAUUUGGAAUCUUCAUUGGCGUAGAAUAAGCAGAUUACAUGCCCAAUAAAAGUGGAUCCAACACACGAAUUGCUCACGUCCUUCUGUUCUCAAUAGAAAGGUUCAAUAUGUUGGGGAGCUUGUUGGUUGCCUUGUUCUGUGGAACCACUCUGGCCCUUAUUGAUCCUGAUCUUGAUGAAUAUUGGAUGGUUUGGAAGAAGACUUAUAAUAAAAUGUAUCCCCACAAGUUUGAGGAACUAAAAAGGCGCAGUAUUUGGGAGGACCGUUUCAAUAUGAUUGAGCAACACAACAUGGAGUCGUCCCUUGGCAUUCACUCCUACCAGCUGAGCAUGAACCAUUUGGGUGACUUGGCAUCAGGGGAGCUUAUUGCCAUGCUCACCAGCACUCUGGAACCACGGGAACUGGACUUGGGCCCACGCAAACGGCCUCUACUGCUCCAGAGGCCCCUGCCAGAGGCUGUCGAUUGGAGGACCAAAGGUUUCGUGACUGAAGUGAAGAUGCAGGGAAACUGUGGUUCUUGUUGGGCCUUCAGUGCUGUUGGCGCGUUGGAGGGGCAGCUGAAGAAGACCUCUGGAUCGUUGGUGUCACUGAGCGCUCAGAACCUGGUGGACUGUGCUACAAAGUACAGGACCUAUGGCUGUCAUGGUGGCUUCAUGACCAAUGCCUUCCGAUAUGUGAUCGACAACCAAGGCAUUGACUCAGAGAAGGACUAUCCAUAUGAGGGCAGAGAAGGCCGGUGUCGUUAUAACCCCAGUUAUCGAGCGGCUAACUGCACCAGCUACAACUGCCUACCAAAGGAUGAACAGGCACUCAUGGAGGCGGUCGCCCACAUCGGCCCAAUUGCUGUUGCUAUUGAUGCCUCUCUGCUGACGUUCAUGUUUUACCGCAGUGGAGUGUACAGGGAUCCAGCGUGUUCCCAAAAUGUCAACCAUGGAGUGCUGUUGGUAGGCUAUGGCACCCUUGGAGGACAUGACUACUGGCUGGUUAAAAACAGCUGGGGCAAACACUUUGGCGAAGGGGGCUACAUCAAGAUUGCAAGGAACGAUGACAAUGAGUGUGGCAUUGCCCUCUUCCCCUGUUACCCAAUUAUGUGAGCUUAAAGAAAAGCAAUUAUUGUAUUGUCUAACAUUUUAAACAUUUUCAAUAAAUAUCUUUUUUACCUGUG